AAGCCCCCGUUGGCAGGCAAGUUUUUAGGGCUUUCCUCGCCAUGGAUGCCGCUGGCGAUCCGGACGGUCGGCAUAGGAAGCUCUCCUUCAUCGAUUGUUCUGUGGACCAGAUCAAGUCGGCCAUCACCUCUGAGUGGACGGACUGGCGCUUCAAUGGCGGGUUCUGGUCCACGGUGCUCACCACGGAGCCGGCGCCGGAGUUCAAAGCCGUCCACAACCGGACGCUGGAGUUCUGGAUCCACUGCUUCAAUCGGUGGCAGGACCUGGGGCGCAGGGCGGGCCGCGUGGCGCCCAACAAGGUGGACGGCAUCGAGCUGGAAGCGAUUCUGAACAUGCCCAGACACCGGCUCAAGGACCUCUGCAAGCUCUUCGACUUCCAAGGCUGGCGGCGCCUGGACAGCGAGGGCCUGUCCCCGGCCUCCUUGGCCCGGCUGAAAGUUCCGGUGGUGAGCCUCAUGACCGCGGGGGUCUUGAUCUCCCAGCUGAUUGCGCCGGGGCACAAGCUCCGCUUCGUCUUCGGCCUGGCCGACCUGGACGAUAGCGGGUUCCUGGACGAGGGCCAGUUUGUGAAUUUGAUCGCCGCGCAGAUCCGGGGCUUCGGGGCCGCCUUCGGCAUCCUCCAAAAGGAGAACGCCGUACCUUCCAUGGAGGUGAUCCGCGAGCUGGGCCGGAGGCUCUACGACCGGAUCUCAGAGCAGGCGGCGGAGAAGCUGAUGCAGAUGUCCCGAAGCUCAGAGGCCACCAAGCAGAUGCUGAUCCAGGCGAUCCGAGAGCGGCAGGCGGCGGUGCGCCAGGGCUCCUCCGCCUCCGUGGGCGAGCGGGCAAAUGUGCCCACGCGGCAGGUGCUGAACUAUCAGACAAUGGAGGCCUGGUGCACCAGGAAGUUCAAGGACCCGUUGGCCCUGCCCUACGCCCUGGCCAUCGAGCGCUUCUGCGCGCGCGCCCCCUCGGAGCUCUACGCCAGCCUGGGGCAGGAGGGCGGCGAGGAAUGGCACCUCUCCCACAGCAAGCCGGUGGAAAUUCCGGCGGAGCUGGACCUGGGAGCGGACCUGAAGUUGCCAGAGCGCUGGCAGGUUCUGUUCCUGCGGGAUGUCUAUGAGUUCUGCACGGAGGAGGGCACCUUCUCGCUGUCCUUUUCGGAGCUGGAGUACGGCCUGCGGAGGAGCCUGAGCCCGGACUUGUGGGACUUGGGCCACGAGGCCAUGCGCAAGGCGGAGACCUACGGAGGACCGCUCAGCUUCCUUCAGUUCCUGAAGAAGGCGUUUCCCAUGGCGAAGCCAAAGCACCUCAGCGCCUUUGAGCAUUGGUGUGAGCAGUACGACGAGCUGCAGCAGCGAAGCGCAGAGAUGGACCUCCUCACGGAGGCCAUGCUGUUGUUCGAGAAGAAGAGCUCCAUGCCGGUGCUGCCCUGCGACGACCAGGCCAGUCUGGAGCGAGAGUUCGAGGAGAUGGACGUGUCGGGCAGCGGGUGCGUGGACAUCGGCGCGAUCCAGCGGCGCUGGGGCUGGGACCAGAAGAUGACUUUGGACAUCCUCAGCAAGUACGACCUCUCGGCCGAUGGGUGUCUGGACAAGGGCGACUUUCUGCGGAUGAUGUGCCCGGACGGCUACCGUCUGCCGUCCAUGGAGGGCGAGGACCGGGAUGUCUUCGGCAUGCUGCUCACCGGCAGCAUCCGCUACCUGCACGAGAAGAUCGCCGAGAGCACGGAUUUGUAUUCGGUGAAGGACAGGAAGCUGGACAAGGCCAGGACGGUGAAGCCCAUGCCGUUUUCUUUACUGCCAGAAGUUCCUGAAGGGACAUGGCUGUAUUGGAAUGAACUCUUUAGUCGUCUUGAUGCCGACCAGGACGACCACGUGGGCGAGCGGGACCUGCUGCGCGCCGGGCUGCUGUCCCCGGAGGUUGCGAAGCAUCUCAUGACCAUCAUCGACCCCGAGCACCCCGCCAGCUUUACGCGGCGGGGCUUUCUGACCGCCUGUCUGAAAGCCAGCGGCUGUCGACGCACCAAGUUCGAGUGUGGGCGAUGACGGGGGAUCCACAAGCGAGAGAAC